AUGGCAUUAAUAUACGCGUCAGCUGUUAACAAACGUAUUGGAAAUAAUGGAUUAUCAAAACAUAAUAGAGGUAUUGGCCAUUCACAUGGUAGUAAAAGUGACAAAAAAUGUAGUCUUCAACUUCAUGACUUUUCUUCUGAAACAUUUGGUAAUUCUCAAGUUAGUUUUUUGAUUAAUUCAAAAGGAAACAAAAGGUCAGUAGAAGAAUUAAUUAUUAUACCUAAAUCAAAAAGUAGAGAGUGUAUUAGAAGUAUUUCUGUUUGUCGAGAACAUCCAUUUGCUAAAAAUGAUAGAUUUGGAUAUCAAAAGAUAGGAGAGAGUGUUAGCGCAAGUUCAUCUUCUCGGAAUUGUAGUGCAGAAUCUCGAGACGACUUAAGAUGUUGUCGUAAACAUUCAAAAAAUAAAAACAACAAAUAUUUUACCGGAGGCUCAAAGAAAUCUUUUUAUAAUGAGCAGACAAAAACAUCAAUAAAUAAGAUAAGUAAUCGCAAAGUUUCUGUUCCUCCAAUUUCAUCUUACAAAAUAAUUAAAAUUGAUGAUGAUAAUCAAUAUGAUAAAGAUUUUUUAAGAUCAAAAAGUGAAAAAAAGCAAUUAAUUACAUCAAAAGAAGGUAUCAAUGAAUGUUUAUGUCAAAGUGUAAUUAAACAAAAUCCCACUAAAUCAGUUUCAGUUUCACAUACUACUGAAAGAACAUUAUCACAUGUUAUUGAAUUAAAUGGUAGAAGAAAAAGUUUAAGUUGUGACAAUAUAUGUACACUUCUUGAAAAUAACAACAAUGAAAGUAUUGAUGUUACUGAAAAAAAUGAAAUAAGUGCAUUUCAAAAGAUGAAAAAUAGAUUUAAAAAAUGGAAGUUGUAA